GCCCCAGCCCUCGGCCUUGUGCGAGGCCCGCCGCGGGGCGGGACGGUGGGUCUGCGCUGGGCAGCGGCCACCGGAGGAGGGGCCGAGGGUGGCGCGGAGCCCGCGGUUAUUGCCGGCCGCCGGGCACCGGCGGGCAUGGCAGCGAUGCGGCCGGGCCCGGCGGCGGGGCUGCAGCUGAGCGCGCUGCCCGACCACUCGCCGCUGCUGCAGCCGAGCCUGGCGGAGCUCCGGCGGCGGGCCCGCGCGGCCGGCGUGCCCGAGACGCCGCUGCCGCUCACCGACUCCUUCUUGCUGCGCUUCCUGCGCGCCCGGGACUUCGACCUGGACCUGACCUGGCGGUUACUAAAAAAUUAUUAUAAGUGGAGAGCAGAAUGUCCAGAAAUAAGUGCAGACCUACACCCUAGAAGUAUUCUUGGCCUUCUGAAAGCUGGCUACGUUGGCGUCCUGAAAGCCAGAGAUCCCACCGGCAGCAAAGUUCUUAUUUACAGAAUUGCACACUGGGACCCAAAAGUUUUCACAGCUUACGAUGUAUUUCGUGUAAGUCUAAUCACAUCAGAGCUUAUUGUCCAGGAAGUAGAAACGCAACGGAAUGGCAUCAAGGCCAUCUUUGAUCUAGAAGGCUGGCAGUUUUCUCAUGCAUUUCAAAUGACCCCAUAUGUAGCCAAGAAGAUUGCUGCUGUUCUUACAGAUUCUUUUCCAUUAAAAGUUCGUGGUAUCCAUUUGAUAAAUGAGCCAUUAAUUUUCGAUGCUGUCUUUUCCAUGAUUAAACCAUUCCUGACUGAGAAAAUUAAGCAACGUAUUCAUAUGCAUGGGAACAAUUACAAAGAGAGCUUACUUCAGCAUUUCCCAGACAUUCUUCCUCUGGAGUAUGGUGGUGAAGAGUUCUCCAUAGAGGACAUUUGUCAAGAGUGGACAAAUUUUAUAAUGAAGUCUGAAAAUUAUCUCAGCAGCAUUUCCCAGACCAUUCAGUGAGAUGAAGUUAUUUAUCGUGAAUGGCUUCCUAAUUAAAAAUACGUGAGUGAGAUCCUAAUUGGUUAAAUGAAUGAAAGAACAGGAAUCUUUUAAACUAGUUAAUGCUUGUCUGAUUAAUAUUUAAAAAUGUAAAAAUCUUUUGACAUGAGCAACAUGAGUAUUUGGGAAACUUCCUUACUUUUUAUAUGCAUUUUCUUUACCUUUGAAGUAAUUGAAUGUUAGUACACCUUAAAAGCAUAGAAGAGAUUCCUGAUUUUUGCACUUGAAAGAAUGCUAUCUCUAAAGUAGCUACUCAUGUGCACCUUUGUAUGUUUCUGAAAAGUUUCAUUUUAAACAAGUUCUGUGACUACAUUGGUUUAGUAAUAAAUGUAUAAAUAGUCCACUGAAAGGAAAUAUUAGCACAAAUCAGCUGAUGAUAAAAAUCUGUUAACACUCAUUCUGGGUGGGUGUCAGAUUAGAUAAUUCAGAUUAAAAUCUGAAUAAAGUUUUACAGAGUUAUUCCUGCGGGCCAGCAAGACAGUUCAUAUCAGGGAAAUUGUAUUUUAGCAUAUUUCCACAAUAAAAACUUUUGAUUGAAGUCCACAUGCCAUAAGCUAUUGUAUGUAGUAUCUACAGGUCUCUAUGAAAUGACUAAUGUUGACACAAUUGAUAACCAAAAAUAAUUUAGAAAAUAUUUCGGGCAUAGUUGAUGCCUUCUUAAUACUGCUUCUGCAUUUUCAGACAACUCAAAGAUGUAAUUUAACCUCUGUUUUUGGCUAUUCUUUUCAUAACUAUGUAGAGACUUAGAGAUGAAAUAAUAUUUAGUUGUCACAUACAUGGACUCUAUUUUUAAUUGAACAAUAGCACAACUAUGUAAGGGAAAGAAAAUGUUUACAUUUUUUAAAUGACUGUCAAUUACAUCUGGAACUCUUCAGAUUAUGCAUGAAGUAAUUUGAGUUUUCCUAUCAUAUGAGAAUAUUCUAGUCAAAUCCUACAGUUCAUUUUUACUUAAAUCAUUAAUUAAAAUGUGCCGUUUGUACUGUAGUUUAUUUCAUUUAUUGGAAAAGAUAUGUCAAUAUAACUUUCAAUUUAUGAUGGUUUUUAUAGUGUUUUAUAAUUUUUUAAAUUUUAUUUUAAACUUGAAACUGAAAGAACAUAGAGUGCAAAAAUUGUUAAGCAGUUGACUCAGCUUAGUUGGGUUUCAACAUUAAUCAUACAAUAGUACCUUUGUGGAAGGAUAUGCGAAGGAUGCUUUUCUUCAUAAGAAAAUUAUUCUAAUCACAUGAGCUGAUACUUAUGAUUCUCUGUACAUAUAUCUAUGAAAAAAUUGAGAGUACUUGUGAAUGUUCUUUGAAUGUGCUGGAUUUUAAUUUAGCAUUGGGAAGCUAACUUUACAUUAUAAUUUGUAUUAAAAAAUUAGAUUGUGCCUAUUUUCUAAAAAUAUGUUAAAGUCUUCUUCACAAAAUCAUACAAUUCAAAAUUGUAUAAUUAAAUAUAACAGCAGAAUAAAACCAUUUAAAAAGAAUAGACAAUAACAGCAACAAAAAGCUCUGGUUUACCCAACUUUUAUUCCUAGAAAGAGGCUUAGGUCGCAAAGUUCCACUUCAUUUACAUUUGGGCACUUAAAACACUUUCUUAUGACUCUGAAGGAAUGAUUACUUUAGCAGAUGAAUAGAAGAUAAUAUUUUUAAAUGUUUUUCAAAUGUGAUUCAUUGGUGAUGUUACUGACAGUAAAUAGAAUUAAAAUAAGGUAAUCAAUAGAAGUGCGUUUCAUGAUGGGACUUUGAAACUUCUAUAAAAUGCAACAAUUCACUGAAGAACAUUAAAAGAACCACGUGAAAUAAGCAGGCAAUUUUACAAGGUGGCAAGAUAAGUAACUAGCGAAUUGUCUAAAUUACUUUACUAUAAUUGCACCAAAAGUGCCUUUUAAAAGAUUAACUCUAACAUGUGCUCUUUGUGUUACUGAACUGCAUGAUAAUUUAUUUGUUUUAAUAUUGCUCAAAAGAAAAUAAAGAUCUUUCACCUAAAUUA